AGUUCAUAUGGAUGUGACAUGUUUAUCCACUCUACUGCUCCCCAUCAAGGCCUCGGCGGAAUUGUUAACAAUACACAUUCAAAUAGUCACUCACAUUCAGGGAGUUUCUCCGAUUCUUCGACCGUUCACGUACUCAAGAGGAGGAAAUUAGAUGCAACUUAUGACAGUUAUGUGGCUGGUGAAAAAAAUAACGGUUGUUUUUCCGUCGUGAAAAAUAACGAAAAUUUUAUCGUACCGACGAGCAAAGUACAAAUCGAUGGUUAUGUGACCAAAAUAAAAGAUGAAAAAUAUUCAAAUAGUAAAAAUUGUUCAUUAAAAACAACAAACUGUACGGAAAAUUAUGCUGGAGUGAUAAAUAGAAAUUUGGUUAGUUACGCAAAUAGUAUUCAUAAGAGUCAUGAAAAGUUUAGCGAUGGUCAUUUUAUCAAGAACUCGGACAGUUCGUUUAUAUCAUCGAGUUUAAACUCAAACAUUGAUUGUAUAAAUUCAAGCAGCAGAACAAGUUCAGCGAGGAGGUCUACAAAUAAAAAUGGCUCCACCGAUGGAAGAAGCCCUCAAAAUGGGGCAAUGCCUCAGACAUUGGUUCGUGCCUCCACCAUCAAAUUGUUAGAUACUUAUCACCGCUGCGGACAAAAGCGCAAGUGUUGCGGCGGGGAAGGUGAUGGUGCGGGGGGUCAAAGCACCACAACGACGGCCCACGGGAAGACGGGGGGCGCGGGGGCUGCUCCCGCUCCCCAAACGCAGCAAAGCUCAGGAGCAGAUGGUGACUAUCAACUUGUACAGCACGAGGUACUUUAUUCAAUGACGACUCAAUAUGAGGUACUCGAGUUUCUCGGUCGCGGAACGUUUGGCCAAGUCGUCAAAUGUUGGAAAAAAGGUACCAACGAAAUAGUCGCCAUCAAAAUAUUAAAAAAUCAUCCUUCUUACGCCAGACAAGGACAAAUUGAAGUUUCGAUUCUGUCGCGUUUAAGUCAAGAAAAUGCAGACGAAUUCAAUUUUGUACGAGCUUACGAAUGUUUUCAACAUAAAAGUCACACUUGUUUGGUGUUUGAAAUGCUUGAACAAAAUCUAUAUGAUUUUCUCAAGCAAAAUAAAUUUAGUCCUCUACCUCUUAAAUACAUAAGGCCGAUUUUGCAACAAGUUUUAACUGCUUUGCUAAAAUUGAAGCAACUCGGAUUAAUUCAUGCCGAUUUAAAGCCGGAAAAUAUCAUGUUGGUAGAUCCUACUAGGCAACCCUAUAGAGUUAAGGUCAUCGAUUUCGGUAGUGCUUCUCACGUUUCAAAAGCCGUAUGCAAUACGUAUUUGCAGUCGAGAUAUUACAGAGCUCCAGAAAUAAUAUUAGGUCUACCUUUUUGCGAAGCAAUCGACAUGUGGUCAUUAGGCUGUGUUGUAGCUGAAUUGUUUUUAGGCUGGCCUCUCUAUCCUGGCUCAUCGGAAUACGAUCAGAUACGAUACAUCAGUCAAACCCAGGGUUUGCCGACGGAGAACAUGUUAAAUAACGCCUCUAAAACCACUAAAUUUUUUUAUAGAGAUAUGGAUAGUACUUACCCUUUCUGGAGAUUAAAAACUCCUGAAGAACACGAAUCUGAAACCGGAAUCAAAUCGAAAGAAGCGCGAAAGUACAUAUUUAAUUGUUUGGAUGAUAUUGGACAAGUUAACGUUCCAACGGAUCUUGAGGGAGGAGAACUUCUCGCUGAAAAAGCCGAUAGAAGAGAAUUUAUUGAUCUGUUAAAAAGAAUGUUAACCAUGGACCAGGAAAGAAGAAUAAUGCCGGGAGAAGCUUUAAAUCACGCUUUUGUUACUUUAGCUCAUCUUGUAGAUUACGCCCAUUGUAAUAACGUGAAGGCUAGUGUGCAAAUGAUGGAGGUUUGCCGCAGAAACGGAUUUAAUGGUUCCACCUCAUCAAAUCAUCAUCAAUCUGCAACUCAAGCUCCUCCACUCGUCAAUCUCGUUCCUUCGUCAAACGGAAACGUGACUCUAACUUUCAACAAUCAAGUUCAAAGACCUGGGUUUCCAACAGAAAAUUUGUAUCACUUGUACAAUGGACGACGUCAAUACAGUAGUUCAGGUCAUCAACUUGUCUCGUCUAUAUUAUGUCCGUCUGGUUAUCAAGGAAUGGGUUCCCCUGCUAAACAUGUUACGGUAGUAGCUCAACAACCGGCUCCACAGCUUCAAAUACAGCCUACCAUAAUAUCUCAAAACGUGGGCGGGCAGCAGCAAUAUGUUCCUGUAUCAAUGGUCGAACCUUCCGGGCGGCAAAUGUUACUCGCAAACGCAGUUCAUACCUCAUGGCCAGCUGGUAGCGGGCGACAAAUGACUCUUGUUCCAUCGUGGCCGACUCAACAUGCGAUACAGCAAAUAAGCGAAUCAGAUUGGGGUCGACCACUAAUAGCCGUUGAUUCAACUGCUAUUUUGCAGGAGCAACGACCCGUUUUCCCCGUGGACGUGGGACCCGAAGUUUACGCUGAGCCCAACAUAGUUGAACAUCAUUCGCACAACAGUUGGAAUUCGAAAAGACCCAAUCACAAAUCUAGUUCACAUCAUCAUCAUCACCAUCAUCAUUACCAGCAGCAGUGUAAACUUCAAUUCCAUGCUUCUGUAUCAUAUCAUGAUACCCUUCCUACAGUUCCUUGCGUUACUGUAAUGCCCUGGCCGUUGACUCAUAAUAUGCAUGCAUGCACCAGAAGUGUAUUAACUUGUCGUUCGCACAAUGUUAUUGUUUCGGAUUUAACCGUCAGAUCCGUUUGUAAACCCAAAUUAAAUCACGUAUUUCUCUUUAAUUUGCCUUCUCAAGGACAUUCUUAUCAUCAUUUAUCUGUGCCCAGUAGACACGAUCCUAAGAAAGAAGUUACGCAAUUAAGUCCCGUUAAAAAAAGGGUUAAAGAAGGAACGCCCCCGAAUGAAAAUCAAAGAACUCAUAGGGAUACGCACCACAGAGCCCCGCCGCACGGUCAAAAUGGAAGUCCUAACUAUUGGCAUCAGCAAACUGGCACACAGGGUGUGAAUGGCAAUCGUCAGCAAACGAUAACAAUUGAAGACACUCCUUCUCCUGCGGUGUCCGUAAUUACCAUAUCCGAUAGUGAUGAUGAAACUCCUGGAAAAAGUAAUAAUCGGAGUCUCCGUGAACAUCGGAAAAAUGUUAUAUCUUAUGUCACUGUUGGCGACAGUGAUAAUGAAGAUAGAACGACGCCUAGCAAAGGAACCCAGGGUAAUAAUCAACCUAACUCGACGUCUUCGAAUUAUUGCUCUCAAAAUCAGCAACUUCAGUCUUCGAAUACACAACCGCAAAAUCAGCAAAAUCACAUAAAGCAUGAACCGCAUUUAAACAACGGCAAUUCACACGGCCAUUAUUCUGCGGGUGCAUCGCAGUCACAAAAAAAACGACUUUUGGCUAAAGCUCAGUCUGAAUGCAUGUUGAAUGUCAACAACAGUUCAAGUGGUGGAAUUUGCAACAACGUUAAUAGUAAUGAGCCUGGAAUCUGCGACAUUCAACAUCACCCUUGCCAAGGAUACAUAAACAAUCAGGAUCAAAUUGUCUAUGCCAGCGAUAAAAGAAGUUCUUGGGCACCAGUUACGAAUCAUUUUUCUAACGUACACAAUGUACUGAACUCUCAUCCGUCUCACGGUCAGAGUAAAAGAGACGAAAUAAGACAGCCACAAAUCAGGGAAUAUCACGUUCCUCACGGACAUAAGGAAUACAUUCAACCUCCCGUAGCUCAUACGCAAAGGGAGCACAAAUGGGCGGCUGCUUUGCAUCAAGGUUACAGAUUGUCUCCUCAACAUCCGAUCGCGGCCACUGGUCAACCGCUAUAUCAUCAACCGGAUUUGUAUCGUAGACCGACCGUUUACGUUACGACGGCACAACCGGCUUAUCAUCAAGUUCCAGCGACUGCUUUUACGACGGGCAGGGCUUUACCUCCUCCCGCGCAUCAUGGAUCGUCGAGACCGGUAUUGGCCGCUCACAUGAAUCCUCCGGGUCAUCCUCUUCCGGCUCAUAUGCAACCGGCGGCAGUGUUCCCCGCUCAUCCGCAAGUAACCGGGCCCUACGGUUUCGCGCCUUUAAGCCCGGCCAAAACUCAUCAGUAUCAAACUGGUUUGUGGUUUACCGAGUAA